GAUAAGCAUCAGCUUGUCAGUUCAUUGAGAUUUGCUGAAAAAAUAGAGUAAAAGCAAGGAUGUCACAUACAAACGGGAUGUGCGACGAAGCAUUGUUAGCUUGGCAACAAUUUCCCGAAGCAAUUCGAAAUGAUCCAAUUCUCUUUGAAUAUCGAGAAGAAUUACAACACAUUCAAGGUAUAGUACUGCAGGCUUUUUUUGGUAAGAAAACUAAAAAAACCGAUAAUAUUGUGGAAGUCUUCCCUGAAACUGGAGCUUCUUCAGUACAAACUGAGCUGUUGCACUCGAAAAAUGGCAAAAAUACAGAGACAUCGGCGCAAGGGAGUGUCAACUUAAUCAAAUACAUCAUAUUUGCAGUUUUAUGGGCAUUUAUGGCUUAUCAACUAUUGACAGUUCAAGAGAAAAACUUAACGAGAUACGACAUUGUCGUUCAACCCAAUAAAACGAAAGCCUUGAAUUAUCGCAGUGAUGAAAUUGGCUCAAAGAUCAGUGUAAAUUUAAUCGGCCCGCUGACAAAGCCAACAAAUACAUCAUGUGAUAGCGUCACAAUUGAUGUGCUAAUCGACGAUGAACGUGUUACAAAGUAUUUUAAUGUAGAAAGAUCGGGAUCUGACCAGACUAAACUGGAUAAAGUUGAAUUUUGUUUAAAAAUUAACUCAAAUAUCACGCAACUUAAUUUAUCAAUGCAAUUCACAACAAAUGCACAAGAUGCUGUCUCAUUUCAUAUGUACGUCGAUGCACAUUCAAUGGAUAAGCAAAUCGGAGCGAUUUGUGGCGCAAUCAUUCUCAUAUCGUUGAAUGUUUUGAUCAUAUCAGAGGUCGUUCAUCGAACGUUGGCUGCGUUAUUAGCAGCAUUUGCAUCCAUUGGAACAUUGGCGGCGCUUCAAGAUCGGCCAAGCAUGGAUGAUAUGAUUAAGUGGAUUGAUUACGAGACAUUGCUGUUGAUAUUUUCGAUGAUGGUCAUGGUCGCCAUUCUCAUUGACACCGGCAUAUUUGACUAUAUCGCUGUCUAUACGUUUCAAUUAAGCCGUGGUCGUAUCUGGCGUUUGAUCACCAUACUCUGUGCGAUAAGUGCCUUCAUUUCGAUGUUCUUAGAUAAUGUGACGACAAUUAUGUUGAUGACACCAAUCACAAUUAAGCUAUUCGAAUGCUUGGGUCUGAAUCCGGUACCGGUGUUGCCAUUCAUUAUUCUAAACAUCAACAUAGCGGGCCUUACUACACUCAUUGGUCAUCCACCAAAUUUACUGAUCACCGGAAAUAGUUACAUUUCAAAACAAAACAUCACAUUCCUAACAUUCACCAUGCACACAUGCUUUGGCGUCGUCAUAGCGCUCAUUCAAACAAAUUUCCAAUUGAGAAUGCAACAUCGUAGUAUACAUGAGAUACUAAAGCCACAACAUACAUCGAGCUUAGAGAUGGAAGCAUGGCAAAAGUGCUUGGAUUCGAUUAAAAAUAAUAACAAACUGAAUGCAUUGAUACGAAUUUUAGAGAACAAAAUCGCAACAUUACGAAGGGAAACAGAGAACAUCACAUCGUUUGACCAAAUGUCAACCAAUAGCAAUAGCAAAUUCCAAAGCACAUUAAGACAACUGAAGAGAAUGUAUCCAAUCAAGGAUAAGAUACUGCUAAAAAAAUCUGGCGCAACGAUGGCAUUCAUCAUCGCUUUAUUCUUCAUAGAGUCAAUACCGAGUAUACAGCGGAUGACAUUGGGCUGGUCGGCAUUCACCGGAGUCAUUUUACUGCUUCUAAUUUCCGAUUGUAAUUUAGAUUCAGUCAUGCAACGUGUUGAAUGGAUAACGCUCAUAUUUUUCGGUGCCAUGUUCAUAACGAUGGAAUGCGUAGCGAGAAUGGGACUGAUUCAUUGGAUUGGAAAACAGACGGAAGAGCUCAUUCUAUUGGUUGAUGAAGAAUAUCGCCUGGCAUUGGCUAUUGUCAUUGUAUUGUGGGUAUCAGCAUUGACAUCAUCGGUAGUAGAUUCAAUACCAGUGACAGCAAUGAUGGUAAAAAUUGUCGUGUCAUUGGCCGAAAAUAAAGCGCUAAGUCUACCAGUUCAACCGAUGGCCUAUGCGUUGGCUUUUGGACCGACACUCGGUGGAAAUGGCAGCCUAUAUGGUGCAUCAUCGAACAUCGUGUGUGCCGGUCUCGCUGAAAAACUCGGACAUAAAAUUACGUUUUUUCAAUAUUUUCGAAUUGGAUUUCCAGUGAUGAUCGGGAACGUUUUACUUGUAACAGCAUACUUGGUGAUCGCUCACGUUAUACUAGAAUGGAACUAAUUCGGAAUGACUCGCAGACUAUGGCUCAUGGGCUAGUAUUGAAUUUUUAAUUGGAAUUGAUUAACUAUAUCUUAAAUUGUGCAAAUUUAUUGAAUAAAAACGGUGAAAUUAUACAGAUUUCAUGAAUUGAAUGA